UACAUUUGAUUCAUGGUCAUAAACGAUGGCUGCCAUGGCCGUAGCUUCUGAAAACUUGUUCUUACUUCUUUCUGUCCUUGUCAUCUUCACGUCUCUAGCCACCUCUCAACCAGAUUUUGUUCACUAUGUCUGUAAGGACAACAAUGGUAACUACACAGCUAACAGUACCUACAGUUCAAACCUCAAUACCCUCUUGUCCAACCUCUCUUCUAUCAUAGGAACUACCAAUGACUACCGUUUCUACAAUCUCUCCAAUGGACAAAACACAGACAAAGUUAACCUGAUUUGGAUGUGCAGAGGAGAUGUUACAAAAGAAGAUUGCCUUAGCUGUUUGAACGAUUCAAGAAUCCUUCUGCCAAAGGUUUGUCCAAACCAGAAGGAGGCAACAGGGUGGUAUGAUUACUGCAUGUUGCGCUACUCGAACCGGUCCAUAUUUGGGAUCAUGGACUCCAAUCGGUGGGAGAUACAUAACAAAAAGAAUGUAAAUGAUGCGAAUGAGUUCAACCAAGUUGCUGCAGACUUGAUGCAAAGCCUAAGAAGCAAAGCUGCUGCAAUUUCUGGUGAAUCUCUGAUCAAGUUUUCUGCAGGAGAAGCCAAAGUAGGGGCAGGAUUUCAAACCGUGUAUGCUCAUGUAAAGUGCACUAAUGAUUUGUCAGAGCUAGAAUGCAAUGAAUGCUUGACUGAAGGAAUCUCCCACAUCCCAACUUGCUGCAAUGGAAAGAUACGUGCAAGAAUUUUUACCCCCAGUUGUAAUCUUAGAUAUGACACACAGCUUUACUUUGAUUCUCUAAGCGUUCUGCCACCUCAACCAUCUCUUUCUCCUGCUCCAUCAUCCCCUACUGCCACUGCUACGCCCAAACAAGGAAAGAACAACUCAUCAUCAGCAACUGUGACUGCCAUAGUUGUGCCUGUCGUCUCCCUUGUUAUUGUGCUGUUCAUCACCUUUGUCUGCAUCUACUUCAAAAGGAAGAAGAAGAAGCCAACCAAGUAUUCUGAAAGUCAAGGUGCAUCAGAAGCUGACUAUGAAAUUGAACCUAUUGAAACAUUACAAUUCCACUUUCAAACCAUCAUGGACGCUACAAAUAACUUCUCAAUUGAAAAUAAGCUUGGAGAAGGUGGAUUUGGACUUGUCUAUAAGGUAGAUAAAGCUAAGAUUGGGCUCAGUUAUAGCUUCCUUAUCAAAACAAAUAGUACUAUGUUUGAGUACCAAAACUCUUGAAUAUUUUCAGGGUAGGCUACCAAAUGGCAAAGAGGUUGCGGUCAAAAGAUUGUCUAGAAAUUCUGACCAAGGAGAUAUAGAAUUUAAGAAUGAGCUGCUAUUGGUAGCAAAACUUCAACAUCGAAAUUUAGUUAGGCUACUUGGCUUUUGUUUGGAAACAGGAGAGAGGAUACUGGUCUACGAGUUUCUUCCCAAUAAAAGCCUUGAUUACUUCAUAUUUGGUAACUUAGAACUUCUUCUUGGCUACUCAGCAUUUCUGUUAUAUUUAUAUCUCUUAAGAAGAGUAAAAAAAUAUUGUUAACAUUAUUGAGCAAGUAACAUACUUUUAGAUGAGCAAUAAAAUUAUAGUCGGAAUCGCUCAAGGUCUUCUUUAUCUACACGAGGAUUCUCAACUGCGUAUUAUCCAUCGUGAUCUAAAAGCAAGUAACAUACUUUUAGAUGAGCAAAUGAACCCAAAGAUCGCAGACUUUGGCAUGGCGAGAUUGUUUGUUGAGA